UGAUGAGCAAGUUUCUCAUUGCCUCGUGGAGACUCCAAGACCAUCGUUUAUGUCUCUGAGAAUCGUGGGAUGUCACUGAGAUGCUGGAAACCUUGAGCAUCAUCCCUUCCAGUAGGUCAGCCUUGACUCAGCCUUGCCAUCAAAAGCAAUUGUCUUUGUUUUGAGACAUUGAGCCAGACUUGAAAAAAUGUCACCGACCACAGAGUAUAUUAGGACCAGGUUCCUAUUCCUCUCAGACACUCACUGUUCAUUGCCGUUUGAGGAUGACGAUCCAUCCGAACCCUUUCGAACACCUCUUCCCGCCGCUGAUGUCCUCAUCCAUAGUGGAGAUCUCACCAUCAGAGGAUCUCUCGUAGAACAUGAGCGAGCCUUGGCACUGAUCGCCUCGAUUGAGGCUGAUUUGAAGAUCGUCGUUCCCGGGAACCAUGAUAUCACAUUGGAUCAUUCCUACUACCGCGAGCAUUAUGCUCAGCACACCCAAAAGCCCAAGUUAUCAGACAGCAAGCUUGCCGAGAUCAAGGAUUUGUAUACUGGGAAAGAAGCCCAAGCAAAGGGCAUUGUGUACCUUGAGGAAGGAAUAAACCAGUUUCAACUCAAGAAUGGCGCAAAACUCAAGGUAUACGCCAGUGCAUGGCAGCCAGAAUUUUGCAAUUGGGCAUUUGGAUAUCCCAGGUCAACUGACCGAUUUAAUCCUGCUACCGACGGUAGCACUGGACCCGAAAAUCCUGUUCCGGACUAUGAUGCCGCAGACGGCAUAGAUAUCAUGAUCACCCAUGGCCCACCGAUGGGUAUUCUCGACGAGACGAUACAUGGUAUGAAUGUGGGAUGCGAGCACCUUCGAAGAGCAGUUGAGAGGUGUCGACCUAAGAUACAUGCUUUUGGACAUAUCCAUGAAGGACAUGGGGCAUUGUUGAAGAGCUGGGAUGUCAGUGAUGAUAAUGCACUGACUAUGACGACGCCUGAAAAGGAUCAACCCGAAGGCCGGAGUAUAAUUGUUGAUGCAACAGGCGUUGAGUCUCCAAGAUCAACACUAUUCAUCAACGCCAGUAUCAUGACGGUCAAUUAUGAACCACACAAUGCUCCAUGGUUAGUUGAUGUCAAUUUGACCAGAGCCGAAAAACGCGAGGGAGAGUGAAAGUGAAAGUGAG